AUGGAAUUCAUGUAUAGUCAGAAUGGUAAAAAGUUAUUAAUAGUUGAUAAAUAUAAAUUUUUUUUACAUUAUACUGCAAAAAGUGGCCAAAAAACUUGGCGUUGUAUUAAUAAUAAGUGUCAAAGUAAAAUUUACACAAAUAAUACAGAGGAUGAAGUUAUUGAAAAACAUGUAGUUCUAAUUCACAAUCAUGAUAAUGAUACUACAUUGAAUCGCCAAGAAGUCAAUAAUUCACUGAAAAGGAAAGUAAGUGAAGACAAUAUUGUAGAAAAACCUUCCAAGUUUAUUUUAACUGAAAUCAAACAUUUUAAUAACGAAAAUAAUUUAAAUACAACUGAUCUCAAUUAUAUUAGACGAAAUGUGUAUAAUGCACGUAAAUCUAUUUUGCCACCUUUGCCUAAAAGUAUUGAAGAAGUUCACGAUACUUUAAAUGUAAUGGAUAUACAAACAAACCGUUCUGAACAAUUUGUUUUAUUAAAUGAUCAAGAUAGCCAUAUUAUUAUAUUUUCUUGUAUAGAAAAUUUAAAAUAA